UUUAGAUCUUUCUUGUUUUUUCUUGUUACCAAAGAAAACCCAUCUUUCUUCUUCUUCGUCUUCACCGGAUAUUUAUAUGUAUUUCAUGUUCUGUUGCCGGAAAUUCCUUUCAUUAUGAGCUGUAAUGGGUGUCGAAUUCUCAGAAAGGGCUGCAGUGACGAUUGCAUGCUUCGACAAUGCCUGCACUGGAUAGACAAUCCUCAGGCUCAGGCAAAUGCCACCAUUUUUGUUGCUAAGUUCUUUGGCCGUGCCAGCCUCAUGUCCUUCAUCUCCUCCGUGCCUGAAAACCAGCGUCCUUCAUUGUUUCAGUCGUUGUUGUUUGAGGCUGUGGGACGAACAGUGAAUCCAGUGAGUGGAGCAGUAGGGCUUCUCUGGACCGGAAACUGGCACGUCUGCCAGACGGCGGUGAUGACGGUGCUCCAUGGCGGUUCGCUAGAACCUAUACUAGAAUUGGACUUGGAUAACUUUUCAGAAAGUGCUAGUUUUAGGCCAAGAAAUGUGUGUUCAGGAUCCAAUACAACAAGAACAAAAAGGAAGAGGUCUGGUGAUGAUGAAGGUAAACUUGAAAUGACAAAUCAUGAACUCUGCUUGAUGUAUCCAGCGGAGGAGAAGCAGCAGGCGGAAACGCCAUUAGAGGAGGAGUCUGAAACGACAACUUUGGGGAGUGGUGGUUUUGCUUCCACAGGGAAGAAUUGUAGCUUAGAAGGAGGUGAAAGAAAGCUUUUAUCAUUAUUUAUUUGAGACCUUUUUUUUU